AGCACUGGAACACUAUGUAAGAAUAUGUAACAUUGUUUAACACUGUGUAACACUUGUAACAGUGUUACAACAGAGUGCCAUAAUAAAGCCACUCUAAAUCGUGCAAUAGUAUACUUCCGGCUAACGAUAUUUGGCUCCGAGUAUGCGCAAGAGCAUAGCAUUGAAAAUGAAAGUAAAAUUUUAUACAUUUGACUAGCUGAUCGUUGUCGUUCAAAAUGGCUUUAAAUAUGGCUUUAAAUCCUGACUAAUUUCGCUCAUACGAUGGCUUGUUGCGGUGGCGGUUAUCCGGAAGAUCGUUUUCAAACUUCAGUCGAUAAAAAUUUCUUCUGUCCAAUCUGUACGGAUGUUUUGAAAGACCCAGUACAAUGCCACAACCAACACCUUUUCUGUAGAGCCUGUAUAACAGAGCAUCUUAAGAAUUCCCAGACGUGCCCCGUUUGUAUGCAAGAACUCACGGAAGAAGCGUUAUCCAAGCCAGCAAGAAUUGUGACAGGCUAUCUCGAUGGUUUGAUGAUCAGUUGCGAGCACAAGGAACGAGGAUGUGUUGAAUUGGUCGAGCUUGGCCUUCUUGAAACUCACAUUUCCGUGUGCGAGUAUAAACCCGUAACGUGUCCUAACGAAAGAUGCGAGGUUGUUGUAAACAUGGCAGAUUUAGAGGAACACACGAGCGAGGUUUGCGAAUACAGACAAGUAUUUUGUGAAGAAUGUGGCGAGAACAUGUCUUUCAAGAAAUAUGGAAAACAUGGCUGUUUAAUAAGCAAAGAUGUUCAGGUAUAUUUUAUGCACUAGUCAAUGUAAAUCCCCGCCCCCCCCCCCCACCCCCCAACUGGGGAGGGGGCGGGUAUUUAGCGGGGAAAGUGGUCAGUUUUGAUGGUAAAUAUGUCCCCGAUGAUGGGGGGCUUGGACAACAUUUUCUCUUUCGGUAGACGAUGCGGGGAAGAAAGUGGGGGAAUGGAUUCAGUGGUUAACAUAUAUACCCUGUGUUGCUGUUUUAGUUUUCUCUACAAGAAAAGUUUAAAUACAAUAACAUAAAUGAAUUUGAUUUUCUAUUGCUGAUCUAUGAAAUAUAUACAAAACUAUUUUCCCGGGGUUGAGAGACAUGCAGGGACAUUGAUUAAUUACGCUUUCCCCGGGGGCGGGGACAAUUUCGCUCUUUUACUACCCCUCUAAGUCAAAAUCCCCGCCCCUCCCCGGUUGGGGGGGGGCGGGAGUUUACACCGAUUGGUGCAUAACUAACACAAGUUUGAUGUAAAAGUUUGGGGGGAGGAGGCUUCAGAGAGAAACUCCUUGAUAGGGGGCUUCAGAAAACUCAUUUAUAGGGUGGCAGGAUAUUAAUUUAAAUUAAAUUAAUAUCCCCCCUAUAAAGUGAAAUGGCCCAUUAGGCAAAGUAUUAUUCACCUGAGUACAUAACACCAACACACACAAAAUAAUCAUAUAGAAUACACUGAUAUCGAAGGAACUAGAACUCAGUUCCGAAAUAUCAUCAACUCAAACCGACUCGACCACGUAGCUCAGUUGGCAGAGAAUUUGACUAGUAUCCCAAAGGUCGCGGGUUCGUUUCCCACCGUGGCCAAGCUAACUUUUCAGCUUGCUCGGUGUGGAUGCACACUCAGAGUAACAUCACAAACAUAAAAAAGUAACUUGGUUAGCGUCCUCGCCCGACCACUGCGACCAGUGAAAAAGUUUCGAUCGAACUUUUUUUUCAAAUUUUAUAUAAAUACCCUAGAAAUCUUCUAUUCCGAAACCAUUUGCCCACUUUUAAAUAAAUAAAGCAACAUUCGCUGAUAAAUUGACCUUUUGUAAUAAUAUUUUUAUUCAAACAUUGUAAUAUUUAACUCAAUUCAGCAUUUGACUGCAAUGUUUUACACAGGCAAAGCCAGGAUUUUGGUCAGGGGGGGGGGGGAGCAAAAAUCUAGGUGGGGCCUGGCUUCACUUAUUUUAUAGAAUGAAUUUUCUCAAGGAGGGCCAAAAUUUUACCAGGCGUGCCACUGGGCUAGUCACCUCUGGUUUUACAUAUAAUAAACUAUCUAUUUAUCUAUAUCUAUCAGGCAAUGAAGGGAGAAUUGUUUCAAGUGCAACAUCAGGUCAAAGAAAUGUUUAACACACAGAAAGAAAUGCUCAAAGCAAUCCAAAAUCUCGCAACCACUGUUAAAAAAAUCGGCACAGGAAAAGUCGAAGCAGCGCCAUCACUUGUCACAAAGUCACAAGGGUUCAUUGUUGUCAUUGGUGGAGAUAAUGGUACCAGUACUAUUUUGUCCAGUCAUGGUUGUCUUGAUUCUGUUGAGAUGUACUCUCUGGUCAAUCAAACAUGGAGAAAAUUGACACCAAUGCAACAAAAGAGAGCAUCCCCAACUGCACAUUUCUACAAUGGCCGAGUGAUGGUUACUGGUGGGCGUUGUGGUGCACGCAGUGCAACUAGGAGUAUAGAACAGAUCCAAAUCCCUGGAAAAGAUAUUCCAGUCAGAGCUUCCCUAGAUGCCCUAAAUCUUCCAGCUGAAUUGCCAUUCAAAUUCCAUGGUCACAAGACAACGAUCCUAAAUGAUCAUAUGUGGCUUGUUGGAGGCUGUGUCUCAAAUGCAUGCUCAAAGGCCAUUUACAUGAAGUCUGUUCGCUCAUCUGGUACCUUCCAGGUUAGGUGCGAAAUGACUAAACCACUUUCAUACCAUGCGUUGGAAGUAGUUGACAAUGAAAUUCUAAUCAUCGGAGGAUCGACUAAUGGUGGGGCAGAUGGUAUCGUUAAGACUGUUUUGUCAUACAAUACAGCCACCAAUGCGCUCAGAGAAGUACACUCACUUCCAUUUCCGAUGGCUGAUAUGGCAACUGUUAAACAUGGUGAUGAUGUGAUCAUUAUCGGAGGACUAAACAAGGAUCGUGAGUAUUUGAAUACGGUUUUCAAGUACAACCAUAAGAAGCGUGUAUGUAAACAAUUGCCAGGAAUGAAACACAAGAGGGAUGAAUGUGCUGCUGUUCUUUCUGGAAAGAAAGUGUUUGUGAUGGGUGGAUACAACAAAGAGGAAGGAUGCUUAAGUUCUGUUGAGUGCUUUGAUCUUGAGCGUCAGAUUUGGCAUGAACUUCCAUCCAUGAGUGAAGCUAAAUUUAAAAUAGCUGCAGUUCUAGUGCCUUAAGACUAUUAAGGAUUGUUUUUUUCUGGCACCCUUAUAAAGAUAGGGCGUACACUACAACAAUGUCGUUUUGUACCAUAUAUAAAUUAUCUAAUAAAUUUUUAAAUUUUCAUACAUUAACCCGUUGAGUUGCAUUGCAGCCAAUCCAAAUUACUUUAUUUUUUACUGUCUAACACCAGAUGAUUUUACUCAUCAAGAAGAGAGUGCUGGCACUCAAGGGGUUAAUUAGACUGCUGUAAAGCUCCAAAUAUUAAAGCCCACCUGAGUAUAAGCCCCACCUAUAAGCCCACCAUAUUCACUAACACCCAGGCCAUUCCAAAUGUAGCUCCCCAUGUAUUAUUGUACAAGCCCAUGGGUUUAUUAUUGGACAUGUAUUUAGGCCUAAAAAAUACCGGCGGUUCCGGUUCCAUAUCGUGAAAAAAUUGGAGUAGGUAGGUCGGAAAUAAAAAUUUUUUCAUCGUGUUUUGGCGGUUUUUGGCUGGGCGAUUUUCAGUACAGCCCCAACAAUAAUAACUAGAGAUGCGUAUUUCGUAUGGAUGAAUUUAGGCAAUUUGGUCAUUUUCAAUAAUUAUUGUGACAACAGAUGCCAUUUUGGCACGCUGUAUUAGCAGCCAGCAACCACCCAGAGAAAAUAGGAUCGCAUGAUCAAUCACGUUGAAAAAAUAAUAGGGUCGGCAGAAAAGAAUAGGGUCGGUUGGGAAACUGGGACCAUAGGUAUUUUUCAGGCCUUAUUAACACAGCGACGGAGAUUCCAACAGCUCAGACAAGUGACAAUGUAAUUACAUUACAGUAUUAUAAUAAGUUAACCAACUUGUUUUAUGAAAAGGUUUAUAUAUACUGUAUAGACUAAUUGCGAAACUUAGUAACCGCGCCUUUGCAAAACAUGAAACGAGGCUUAUGCAAAAACAAAUCCAUUGUGUUUGUGAUGUUACUCUGCCGGAGUGUAUAUUCACACCGGGCAAGCUUGAAAAAUAUGCCUGGCCACGGUGGGAAUCG